AUAAAACGUCACCGGCGGCCUUCCUUAAUUUCUUUAGAAAAAGGCAAGUUUUCCUCGUGCCGAAAUGGCCAAGAAAAAAAGCUCUGAAAAGAGCGAAGAAAGCUCGAAAAAUAUCGAUAGCGACUCUAGCGGAAGCGAAGAGCCCAAUUUUAGCGAUCCAGAAGAUUUUCAGGACGAUAUCUCUGAUUCUGAGCUCCUUGGGGAUAUUUUACAAUCAAAACCCCAGGAAACUGAUGGUUAUGAAAGUGUAAUAGUGGUAGAUGGAGUGCCUCAAGUUGGCCCAAACAGAAUUGAUAAGCUAAAGUCAGUAAUUAACAAAGUCUUUAGCAAAUUCGGAAAUAUAGUCAAUGAAUUCUAUCCAGUGACAGCAGAUGGGACCACCAAGGGCUACAUUUUUCUAGAAUAUUCAGAUCCAAAUCAUGCACUAGAAGCUGUUAAUUUAACAAACAACUUUAAGCUUGAUAAGCAGCACACUUUCCAAGUGAACUUGUUCACUGAUUUUGCUAAAUAUGAGCAAAUUCCUGAUGAAUGGGAGCCUCCACAGCCCAGACCUUAUGAAGGGCAAGGGGAUUUGCACUACUAUUUAUUGGAUCCAGAUGCAUUUGAUCAGUAUGCUGUGGUAACUGCUAAUGGACAAAGUGUGCAAAUUUGUCAGAAUACUUUGCCUGAGCCCACCAUUCUUGAGGAAAGAAGUGGCUGGACUAACACUUACAUAAAAUGGUCCCCUCUUGGUACCUUCAUGGCCACAUUCCACAAACUUGGAAUAGCGUUAUGGGCAGGCCCAAAUUUCACCCAAUACCGCAAGUUUGCCCACUCCUACGUCCAAUACAUCGAUUUCUCUCCAUGUGAGAAGUAUUUGGUCACUUACUCACCCCAAGGAGACCCUCAAAACCCUGAUCAGAAGAGAAUCAUUAUUUGGGAUAUUAGAACUGGGCUGGAAAAAAGGUCUUUUAACCCUGAAGGACCUUCGGCUUGGCCCAUUUUUAGAUGGUCCCACGAUGAUAAGUAUUUUGGAAGGGUUGGAAAUGAUGUGCUUUCAAUCUAUGAGACUCCUUCUUUUGGGUUAUUAGAUAAGAAAUCUAUAAAGAUCAAUGGGAUCAGAGACUUUAACUGGUCUCCAACUGACAAUAUUGUGGCUUACUGGGUAGCUGAAGACAAAGACGUCCCAGCCAGCGUUACCCUCUUAGAAAUCCCGAAUCGCUCAGAAAUAAGGAAAAAAAAUCUUUUUAAUGUGGCCGACUGUAAGAUCCACUGGCAAAAGUCCGGAGAUUAUUUGUGCGUAAAAGUCGAUCGUUAUUCGAAGGCGCGCAAGGAAAAGAAUGAGAUGAAAUACUCGGGAAUGUAUUGCAACUUUGAAAUUUUCCAUAUGAGAGAGAAACAGGUGCCAGUGGACAGUGUCGAGAUCAAAGAACCCAUUCAGGCGUUCGCUUGGGAACCGGUUGGUACGAAAUUCGCGAUGAUCCACGGGGAAUCGCCGAGUAUUAAUGUCAGCUUUUAUGAAGUCAAAGUUGGCUUAGCCCCGAAUCUACUAAAAAAAUUCGAAAAACGUGCCUGCAAUCACCUGUUUUGGUCACCCCACGGGCAGUUUAUCGUUUUGGCCGGUCUAGGCGCCAACGGAGGAGGUUCACUUGAGUUUGUGGACACCCACGAAUUCCUCGUCAUGAACACCACUGAUCAUUUCCAACUCUCAGAUGUCGAAUGGGAUCCCACCGGACGUUACGUCUUUACGGGAGUGUCGUUCUGGAAGAGCAAAGUCGAUACGGGUUAUUGGACUUGGUCCUUCCAAGGCAAAAUCCUAAAACGAACCAACUUGGAACGUUUCGCGCAAAUUUUGUGGCGUCCGAGACCGCCCACCCUUCUUACCGAAAAGCAACAAAAGGAAAUCAAGAAGAACCUGAAGCGGUACUACGCUCAAUUCGAGAGUAAGGAUCGCAUGCGCCAAUCGAAAGCCUCGAAGGAGUUAAUCGAGAAACGGGCGCUCCUCAUGGAGAAGUUCCAACAGUACAGGGAGCAACAAGUGAAGAGGUGGGAGGAGAAUAAGCCCAGGAGGUUGGCGUUGAGGAAUAAUAUAGACACCGACGAGCUGGAUGCGGACUCGGAGAACGUAGAGGAGGAAGUUGUAGAAUUCUUUAUCAAAGAAGAAAUAAUCCCUAUCGACUAAAGUGAUUUAAGAUAAGAGUGUUUUUUUCCCUCGUACAGACCUGGAGUCUCGCGGGGGAGACUUGGCCAUUUUCAAUUCAUCCAACACCGAGGAAAGCUCACCUUGAAUUAUUUUGUGUUUUGUGCAACUUUUUAAGUCGAUAUAGGUCUAUUUUAUAUUACUGAACGUGACCUCUGUAUGUACGAUACGUUCGCGAGGUCGCUUAAUAAAGUUCUUUUAUUAUUUA